GAAAAGCCACACACAGCCGACGCUCGUCAAUCUCUCCCCUUCCCCCCUACCGACGACAGUACCCACGCGACGACAGGAUGCCCGGCUUCCAAAGGAGGCAGAUGAUGCAGCCAUGGCCCCUAUGCCUGCCGCCCUUCGCGAAAACGAAGGAGCGCAGCGUUUUGCCCAAAUAUCCGAGGGUGUCCCCGGUCAUCAGAUCUUCGGCGUCCAGUUCUGGGUCCACCCUAGACUGUUCGUCGAACGCCACCCUCGUGACGAACACAAGUCCCUUCAACAGCCAGACCGCCCUCAUCACCGAGAAGAGAUACUUCUCCGGCGACGCCGGCAAGGGAUCCAAUCACUACUAUGCCGAGAACUUGAGGAACAAUCAUCAGAAGGCCUUAACCAGGUCGCGGAUCUACGAUCCGCUCAACAAAGACCAAGAGGUCGAUUACAAGCAGCUAGAUCCACUGCUGUCGAGCGACGAAAGUACCAGCAUCAACAUCCUCAUGGAUUCUCAAGAGAUGAAAUUGCCGAAGGACACGCAGGAGCCCAUCCGACUGCCGUCCUCGGAGUUCCAGAAGGAGCCCAAGCAAUCCUGGGUACGAUUUGCCGCACAGAUAUUGGCUGCGUUAUCGGUGUCGUUGGGCUCGAUGCAGAUCGGCUAUUCGUCUUCCUAUACAUCGCCAGCACUAGUGUCCAUGCGCGAUAACAACACCAACACGACGAAUUUCGAAGUCACCAAACAGAUGGGCAUGUGGAUCGGGUCACUUAUGCCGCUGAGUGCACUUAUUGGUGGUAUCGCUGGAGGGCCGCUCAUCGAAUAUAUAGGAAGGAAAAAGACGAUACUUGGCACAGCGUUUCCAUUUAUCGGAGCGUGGAUCUUAAUCGCGUUUGCUGACAAUAUCCCAAUGAUUUUGGCUGGACGCGCAAUAUGCGGUUUCGCCGUAGGUGUUGCCUCUUUAGCGUUACCUGUAUACUUAGGUGAAACGAUACAGGCAGAAGUGCGCGGUACUCUUGGUUUAAUGCCCACCGCUUUUGGUAACACCGGAAUAUUACUAUGCUUCGUAGCGGGUAUGCAUAUGGAUUGGAGACAACUGGCGCUGCUGGGAGCGUGUUUACCGUUACCAUUCUUGAUUUUAAUGUUCGUAAUUCCGGAGACACCAAGAUGGUACAUCUCCAAGGGGAAAGCAAAGAUGUCCCGAAAAUCUCUUCAAUGGCUUCGCGGUAAAGAUACAGAUAUAACGGAUGAAUUGACGAUGAUCGAGAAAAUACAUCAGGAAUACCUCGACAGCGAGCGAAACGAGUCUCAAAAUACGAUUUCGGAGUUGCUAAAGAGUAAACAUCUCACACCCCUCCUCAUUUCUCUGGGACUGAUGCUGUUCCAACAAAUGUCCGGUAUCAAUGCGGUGAUAUUCUACACGGUGCAAAUCUUCCAGGACGCUGGUAGCUCAAUCGACGAGAAUAUCUCGACCAUAAUUAUCGGCGUCGUGAACUUCAUAUCCACCUUCGUGGCCGCGUCUGUGAUCGACAAGCUGGGCAGAAAGAUGUUACUGUACAUAAGCGCCGUGUUGAUGGCGCUGACUCUCUUCUCCCUCGGCGGAUUCUUCUACGUGAAGUCGCUGGGCGUGGACGUGUCGGACUUCGGCUGGCUGCCGCUGGUCAGUCUGAUCAUAUACGUAAUAGGUUUCUCGCUGGGCUUCGGACCGAUUCCUUGGCUGAUGAUGGGCGAAAUCCUGCCCGCCAAGAUCCGCGGCUCCGCCGCGAGCAUCGCGACCAGCUUCAAUUGGUUGUGCACCUUCAUCGUGACGAAGACCUUCGAGGACGUCAUCGGUGUGAUCGGCGCGCACGGCACCUUCUGGAUGUUCGGCAUCAUCGUCGUCGUGGGCUUCAUCUUCGUGAUCGUCAGCGUGCCGGAAACCCGCGGCAGGUCGCUCGAGGAGAUUGAGAAGAAAUUUACGGGCCCAACUAGAAGGAUGAGCGCGGUCGCCAAUAUGAAGCCGACGCCGAUGUCGUGCUAGCUGUUGUACUAUCAAUCGCGGCUCGCGACAAAGAGGCCCGUUCGAAUGAGAAAUAGGACUCGUUAUAGUGUCCUAAGGGAAAGAUUCCCUUACAGAUAUGCUUUCCCUUAAAGGGAAGUUCGGAGGUUAUAUCUUCUCUCUUCCGUGUCAAAGAGAAGCGUAUCUGUUCUUCUUCCUUGGCUUGUUCUAUCUUGUUCUCAUUUCUGAGAUCUUCGGCUCGCUUUCGCGAAAUCUACUUGUUAUAAUGGAGUUUGAGCAAGAGCGAUUUGGAGAUAACCGAUAAAGAAUCGGAAAUCGAUUGUAGAUCUGAAUAGCAUAUUGAAAUACGCGGACGAAAGCUUCUCAUGAGGUCAACAUCUCUUUAAACGAGUUGAAGAAGCAAAGCAGGUAAAAAGUCCCAGUCGGUUAAAAGAUUUAUCGCAAUAGCGAUUUCUAAGAGCUUGAGAAAAUCGAUUUAAAAAAAGAUUGACUAAAGUAAUUCCUCGAUUAUACUUCCAAACUGGUAAUUUUACGAUACAAAUAAAACUGUCUUCGUUCAUGUGCUUCUUCAAUUAGCCUCGUGAAACGUGACUUCGGCAGAUUUCGCUUUGACUUUAUUCAUGUCCAAUGCGAGAAUCAGAGCUAGCGAAUUAGUGCCAACCUUGUCGAGAAUCCAAAUUCUGAGGCCAAUUAAUUAGCUUCGUGAGAUAUAAAUGUGUUAUACGCUUUCCCACCGGGGAAAUGUGCGCGCGAUAUGUGACUAUCAGCUGUUGACUAGGUGUGUAGUUGCAAUUGUUUUUAUUACUCCCGACAGUCCUACAAGGCCUACCUCAAGUUGAUAUCGCUCUAUUAGAGUAUAACAGAUGAUACUAUCGUUAGAGGCGUACGCGUAGUUCAACGCUAGUCGCGCGCGAGCGCGCGCGUUUUUUUAUGGCGUAAUUUGCGUGGGGCUGUGGUACCGCAUAGAUUCUGUUAAUCGUCACGUGCACCUUGAAUUUGAGAAGCACGAAUAAUGUACGUACUUAUAUGUGUAUAUAUAUAUUAUAUGCCGACCAAGAAGCCGGUCUUUCGAACAGGGGCGAAUUUCCCACGCGACAAUAAAUUUUAAGACCAAAACCGCGUUCUCGUCAUCAUAACUGUAAAUUGUAAAUAAUCAGAGAGAUCUAUACGUUAUAGCGUAUCCACGUCCGAAAAUCGUCGUUGCUGUCUUCAAUCGUAACGAGAACAAUUAUUUUUCUAUUGCCUCAUUUUUUUCAUUUUAAACAGAAAUUUAGAGACAAGAGAGCGAAAGAGAGAAAGAGAGACAAUUGAGCUAUGAUAGUAGUUAAUCGGCAGAAGAAAUUGAUCGUAAGUGGGACGAUAUGAUUCCAGCAGCCCAUGAUCGCAUAUUAUCGUAAUCUUCGCAUUAAACAAAUGACGCUUGGUAUCGGAUGGCUGUUAUACCAAUGUGGAAUGUGAUUUUAAAUGUACGUACGAUAAUUUAAGCGUUACGAUAUAUGGCAGAUAUAUAUUUUUAUUCUCUGAAGCGAAGGAUUAGGAAAAGUGAAAGAGCGUAAGUAGUUGUAAAGCCAAGAUGAAGUCUUACGAGUUCUUAGUCUACGUAAGAGUAGCGUUGGAGGAGAACCUCAGACAAAUGUAAUAUAGUUGAAUCGCCUAUGUUCGAAAGUUAGGGUAAAGCUGCGUCGGGCACCUGACCUGAGUGUUCCCGGUCAAGUAAUUUUAACUAUAGAACAAUUCGCUGGCAAAUUGUUGUGAGAAAUAUUAUUAUAGAGGAACUAUUUAUACAUUUUACUUAACUUAUUGAUAUAUAAUAUAUUUAUAUAUUUUUUUAUCAACAAUUUAUCACUUAUGAUAAAUUGAGAUUAUUAAAAAGAGUAUACAUUUAAAAAAAUAUAUUUUACAUAGUUUUUAUAGUGAUAAAGUUCAAAAAUUAAAAUAAAUCAAAAUUGAUUUUAAGAAAUAUAUAUCUUUAAAUUUAGAUAUUAAAGAAAUUUUUAAGCGUUUAAAAGACACCGGCAUUGCACUUCGCGUCUUUCAAACAUUUGUAUUGCUUGUAUGAAGUGAAUAUUUAACAAAUUGUAUCCAAUGUUAAUGCUAUAUAAGUGGUAGCUUUGUUGUUUAUUCCAAUUUACUGCAUGCGAGACCGGGUGCACUCACAGUAUGUUUGGCACAGCGCAAACUAAAUAACAUAUCAUAAUCGACAACUGACGAACACGUUUUGGAAAAACGUGAAAAUCGCGCGAGUAUACGUUUUUUAAAUAAGUUUAUCAAGAGUGUGCUUGUAGUUGCGUGCGUCCGAGUCGGAUUUCAUUAGUAACGAAUCUCGUAUGCAUAGGUAGAAGUGUAAGGAUGAGGAAACGUCGUGGCGGAACGUUUCUCGUAGUUUCUUUUCUCGCUCGCGCACGUUAAACAGGGUUGUCAUUUGCAGCGCGCAGUCUCGUUUUUAACAUUAAUGUAAAAAAAAGUACCGCUCGAACAAAAUCCACGGAAAUCUCAUUUUGAAAUUGUGAAAAUACCGCUCGAACAAAAAAAUCAUUUCUUUGCGAUUGUGCAAAGUUCAAUGUGUGUACGACUCACUCUAAUAAUAUCAUAUAAAGCAAUAAGUGUACAAUUAUCUUGUUUUACGUGAGAAUUGAGAAUUAACAUUAAUUACUCUUCUUCGUAGUACAACGACCAAUCACGGCAUUUCUUCGUUUCUCAUAUUUACUGUUUUAUAUUUGUUGCUACUAUAAGUAAUACCUGCCGCUUAUUCAUAAGCUAUUUGCCAAAGCACAAUGAAGAUGGCGGAAUAUUUUUGAUAAUUUAAUACUCAUGUUAAGUUUACGAGUAAUCUAUAAGUUAUUAUGUGGUAUGAUAUUUUAAGACUAUCUAUACAUAAAAUGAUUUAUGUAAAA